CGAUCUUAAUAUUAUAGCUAACAAGUAUGUACCUGAUGCUAUAUUAUAUGUGUUGUGUUUUAUGAAUAUUAUGGUAAUGAUAUUAUAUAAACUCCGUUAAAAUUGAUACACAAUAAAGUUUACACAAUGAAUAUUUAUGGUACGGUAGGUAGGUAUUUAUGUAAAUGACACAUUAAUAAGAAUAAUAUGACAAUAUUACACUUAAAACCGGAUAGAGUCUAAGUCUAAAACAGCAACAAAAAAAGGAUGUAUAAUAACCAUAAAACGUAAAUUCAUUUUUUUAUGAAGUAGGUAGGUUACCCAUUCGUCAUUUUGUCCAAUGGUAACUGCACCGACAUACCGAAUGUAAUUUUAUUGAAGGUAUUACUUGCGCCAUCUAUAUUAGAAAUCAAGAAUAAAAUAAUAUGCAUCCAAUUAAAUUGAUUCGUCACGUCACGGUCGUCGUCGUCGUCCAUCAAUUUCACAUAACUUGACCCUGGAGGACAUGCGCAGUGUGUAUGCCUACCAUUAUCAUUGUUAUUGUUGACUACAGUAACACCCAGACAACGCCACAACGGUCGCUGUAACAAGUGUAACGAUUUUUUUUUCAAAUGUUUAUAUUUUGUUCUCACGAAUAUAAUUGUUGUAAUAUCCUCAAAUACGAUUUGGUUUUUCUCAACAACAAUAAAAGAUAUUAUCACGUUAUAAUGUUAAGUAAUUUGAAUAUAAUUAAAUAAUUAAUAUUUAUUUAAAUCUGGUCUUCGUUUAUACCUACUCGCCGCUGCAGUUUAAAAAUGUCCGAUUAUUCAAAUAUGCCCAAUUAUUCUCAAUUCCGUGCUACGGAAACUGUAAGUUGUACAUUAUUGAAUAUUAAUUUUCAUUAUCUAAUAGUUUUAUUAUUCUGUAAAGUGGCAAAUAUUAGUUAAUCACUUCAGAAGCGGUAUACCAUUGAAAUCACAUCGUUACCAGCUUUGGUUUAAAGAAAACUGUUUUACUGGUUUUGAAGCAGUUGAUUGGAUGUAUAACGAAGCGUCUAAUGGAAAAUUGCAACAUUUAUUUAAUAAAGGAGUUACUCGCCAACAAAUUGUAUCACUUAUGAAUAAGUUUUAUGAGGCUGGGAUUUUUAAAGCCGUCAGUACAACAUUAACCAAAUUUAAGGAUAAAUCUGAAUUAUAUGAGUAAGUUAACUAGCUAAUCAUAAAAUGACAUUGGUAUAGUACAGUUUUUAUAUAGUUUUUCCAAUAUGGUAGGUAAUAUAUAUUUUCUUAAAGACCUUUUUCUAGUUGUUUAUUUUACACAUAUUGCAAAACCUUAAUAUAUAUAUAAAUAAAUUACAAAGUAGUUAAAUAUUUUGUUAUACACAAUUAAUUUAUAAAAAAUUAGGAGAUUAAUUAACAAUAUUUACUGUACAAAAUUUGGUACUUGUUUAUUAUUUCCUGAUAUUAUACCAUAAUAAAUUUAUUGCCCUGCCACUCAUGUUUGUUAUUGCUGUACAUCAGCAAAAAAAAAAUUAUAAUAAAAAUAACUUGUGUUAUUUUGUCACCAGUUCACCAUCGUGUUAUAAUUUUGACCAUAAUUAAUUUGGUAUUAAAAUGUAAUGUGUAUUAUGAAUACACUAUACCUAACUACUUGGGUACCUUAUAUAUUUAUAUGUGAUAUUAAUUUUAAAUAUUGUUGUGUUAUACUAUUUUAUAUUAUGUUAUAAUAUUAUUUAAUAUAACUUUUUCAGAUUUGUAUUGCCAAAGAAUAUUAAUAAGGCAAUAAACAAAGGAUCUGUAUUAUCAACAUUGAAUUUAUUACUUAUGAAUAGACAACAAACAUCUCCUCUACCCCAGAAAAGUGAUAAAGUGAUAAGUAGUCAUAGAAUGAAAUCAUAUUCAAUGGAAAAUAUUGCAAUGAAUACAUACUUAAAUGAGAACCAUAAAAUCGCCAAUUUCAUUAUACAAAAGUAAAUAUUUCUAUAAAUAUAUUAUUCACUGAUAUUUUAUAUCUACAUACUGUGCUUUAAAAAAAUAUUUGAAUAUUAAUUCAAUAUUGAUUAUUAGUGUAUUAAGUUAAUUUAAUAUUUUUACUAUCUAGUUGUUUAUAAAAUACAACUUAAUUGAUAAUUAUGUAUGAUGAUAUUCUAUGAUAAUGGAUUAGAUAAUUGGGUUCAGGAUGAAUUAAUUAUUUUCCUAAAUAAUUUAAGCAAUUAUCAUAAUCUGUCUCUGCAUUACAUUGGUAUAUUGUAUAAGAUGUGUAUUUUUACAAAAACAAAUUAAUAUUUUUUAACAAAGUUUUUUGAGAAAUAUAAUAUGCAAUUUAAUUGGAGAAAUACCUAGAAAUAAAAGAUUAAAAAAAUAUAAUCUCAUAAAUGGCAUUUGAAAAAAAUUCUAUUUUAUUUUUACAAGGUUAAUACCUAAUUAAUACAUUGUUUUUUUUUAAUUUCUAGUUUACGGAAUAUCCUAAAAAAUUUUAAUAUGGAUGACUUUUUAAAUACAGAAAAUUUAAAUAAACAAUGGAUAAUCAUGAAUAUUUAUAACCGUGAUUAUAAUGCUGAUGGUUUAUUUCCUCACUGGGUAAAGUCUGCAAUGGAUAGUUUAACAUCUGGUAAGCCAGUUAUACAGUUAUAUUUAUUUGAAAAAUUAUUCUUUAUUGAUAUAUUUUGUUUUAAAAUAUUACUGCAUUUUUUCAAUAAUUGACAAAAUGUGAGAAAAUAGACCGAGAUAGUUUGGGCAUGUCAUGAGAAUAAGAGGAAUCAUACACAGUAAGAAUUGUAAUGAAAAUAAAACUAAAAGGAAAGAGGAGAAGAAAAACACUAAAAAGAGGUGAUUUAAUACAAUAGAAGAUGAUAUGAGGAAAGUUGGAGUGUAAGUAAGGUGGAAGAUCGAGUCAAGUGGAAGUUAAGAACAAGGGUGGCUGACCUCAAAUAGUUUGGAAUGAGAGUGAAAGUAAAGAAGAAAUGUUGGAUAUUAAUAGAUGACUUACUAUACUAGUAAAUUAGUUAUAGGUACUAAAAAAAGAUUUACAUAAAGUUUUAAAACUUGUAAUAAAAGAAUAUAUCUAUUAGAUAAUUCCAGAGAUUAUUCUAAUUAAGCUUUCUGCACACUAUUACACAUAGGAAUGGAACAAAACAGAUCUGCACACUAUAUCGGAUUAUAUCAAAAUUCUCUUUAGUUAUAUGUUUGAUUUUGUAGAAACAAAAGUUACUUUUCUAAUUAGUUUUUUAAAAAUAAUUUUAUUUUCAAAAUAAGUGAUAGUAGCAGCAAAGAAGAAAAAAUGGUGAUUACAUUAGCACUUUCUGCUGAAGAAGAAGAAAGGAAACAAAUGUUAAAAAAAAAAACUGGGUUCAUGAAAUCAGUAGGAAAAGAGCAACUUAAGGGGAGUUAAAUACAUUAUUUGAUACAUUUAACAAAUAUAACCAGACAUUUUUCCAGAGUUUUAUGAAUUAUUUGGAUCUAAUCAAGCCAGAUAUACAAAAACAGGAUACUUAAAACACUACAGAACAGUUCAGAAUAGAAAAAAAAAAUAUUUUUGAAAUUAUACUAUGACUUUUCCAUUCCCAUUUAAAUGUAUGCAAUCAUUUAUUUUUAAUUGUUCUAAUCCGAUCAGUUCUGUUUUGAUGUGAAGUAGUAUGAGGCUUAAUAGUACUGUGUUAAGAAAUAAUAAAUGCAUUAAACAUUUUAAUUUUAUUUAUGACAUUGUCUUUUAAACAUUGUAUUAUAUUUGUUACAACUUUAAAGAAUUAAUUUUUUUUUUUUUUUUUGUAAGUUCCUAUCUAAUAUAAUUAUUGCUUUAUUUUUAGAUAUUGAAAUAAAUGAGUCCACUUAUCCUGGAUUUAAAGCUGAUGUUUAUUCUGUAAUCAAAGACUAUUUUUUGAAUUCAGAAGAACCACUAAUUCCGACAUCUUUCUAUGAAAUAUUUAUUUCUAUUUUAGUAGUCGUAGAAAGACACGAUCAUAUGUGUAGUAAAAAAGAACAAUUUAAAGAAAAUAAUGAUUCAGCAUAUAUCCAACAUAAUCAGUUGUCAUCUAAUAUGUGUUGGGAAACGGAAUUUUCUUCAGAUCAUGCAAAAACUUGUAUUGUUAAUAAGUGUUUUGAUAUAUCUGGGCAACAUGUAUCAUCUCUAUCUACUAGUAGCUGUAGUAGUGCUUCCUUUUUUGAAUCAUGUGAUGUAGAACAAAGCAAAAUGGAACAUAAGCCAUUAAAUAUUUCACAUAAUAAAUAUUCAAAGCCAAAAUUAAUCCGAACAACUAGUUCACCAGAAAUAUCUAUAAAAACACAAUCAGUUUAUCAUAAAAAUAUGGAAAAAAUUAGAAAAAAAAAAAUUGGGCGUACCAUAUCAAAGGAUUCAAUUAGUUCUAAAAUUUUAAAUGAACUAAAUAACAGUUUUUAUUCAGAUGAGUAUGGUUUUAAAAAUAAACCAUUAGAUAAUGACAAAUUUGUUUGUCCAUCUACUUCUGGAUAUGUCAAUUUUGGACUUUUUCAGUCUGAGCAAAUUAAAAAGGAUGAUAUCAAUGGAUUUAAUUUAGAUAUGGCAAUUUCUACUCUUCAUAAACUUAUUGAUAUUACACAAAUGGACCAAACACAAUCUCUUAAACAUCAACUAUCAGACAAUGGUAUGACUGUUACAUAAUAAAUUUAACUAGUUUCUCCUGUUGUACCUAGACAAAUUUUAAUUUAUUAAAAUUUUGUGUCGUGAUAAUUUUUAUUUCAAGUCUUUUUAGCUUAACAAUAUAAUUUUUUAAUACAAAAUUAUGUUUAGGUUUGAAUGAAAAAUCAGUACAUCUAGGAAUUAUUUUGUAUCAAUUAUUAAGUCUUUGUCUUCCACCAUUAAAUAGAGCAAAACUGCAAGUAUUUUUAAAGUUUGUUUCUCAUCUCUCUUCUACUUACACUAAGGUAUUGUUACUAUUUUAAACUAUAUUACUUGUUAUUAUAUUCAGUUAAAGGGAAAAGUCUUUUGUUUUAAACACAUGAAACAAUAAGUUUACUUAUUUUGAUAAGAAUUCAUGAUUUCAAGAAUUUUAAUUAGACCAAUAAACAUGACCUACUGAUUUAAAUUAUUUUUUUUAAUAUAAACACUACUUUUUGUGACUUAAAUAUAAACGUUAGACACAUGCUGUUGCUGAAUUUUGUAGACAUUAUCAAACUCUACAACUUUUCUCUAGAACUUAAGUCAUAUAUCUCUCAUUGUAAAGGCAACAUUCAUAAGAAACAUUUUCGUUUGACUGUUUUUGUCCAACUUACUGUGCAUAUCGGACUACUACAAAAGUUUUUUCAUUUUUCUGGUUAAUAUAUAGCCUAUGACACUCACAAAUAAUGUUGUUUUCUAUUGGUAAAAGAAUUUUCAAAAUCAGUUCAAUAGAUCCAGAGAUUACCCACUACAACCUCUCAAACUCACAAACUUUACCUCUGUAUAAUAAUAGUAUAGAUAAUAUUAAUUUUAGCUGUAAAUUUGUAAAUUAAAAUAUAAAUAUCUAAAUAAUUUAUAUACUAACUUUUAAUAAUAUUAAUGUAGAAUAUAUAAUAGAAUUCUUAUUAAUAUGAAAUUGUUAAAUGAUUUCAAUUAGUAAUCAACUGGCUAAUUGGUAUACAUUUUUAUUCAGAUCCACUCCCAAUAAUGGCUAAAUUACUUAAAAUGUUAUUUUCUAUUUGUUAAUUUAAAUUUUCAUGAAUAUUACAUUUGUUUCCAUUUUUAUCUUUAACUUUUUUUCAAUGGCCUAAAUUGUGCAAAUAAUUAGUUGUGCUGCCUCUAGAAAUUAUCAAAUUGUUCAGUUUUAAUACUAUAGUAAUCAAUAUUUGACUUACUUAUCUGCCCAGAAUUUUUGUUAGCAAUGCUUUAUUGUUGAUUACAGAUACCCAAUAAAUUCCUGUCUGUAUCCUAACUUCCCAACUAAAACAGUUGUUGUAUCCAUGUGUUAAGUAUGUCUGUUCUUUUUUACUAUAUAGUUUCUGUACAUAAUGUACAUAUGUUUGUUAUUAAGUUCAUUAAAACAACUUUCUAUAUAAAAUAUUUAUUUCAUAAUGUUAAUUAUAAAACCAUUAUAUUUUUCAGAUUUCUGAUAAAUUAUGUUGUGCAGUAUUAAGGCAAAAUAUAAAUCAAUUUGAAUAUGAUUGUUUAGCUACUGAUGUUGUAAAAUUUUUGUUACACAAUCAAUCAUUAAUAUUUUUGCCAAUUAAAACUGAUUCAAUAUUAUCAGAAAAAUUUAAUUUUUUUAGUGAUGAUGAUAAUUUUUAUAAGGUUAGUAUGAUAAAGAAAAUAACAUCCAUUAGAAAGAUUUUAUAUAAUUGUAUAUAUAUUUAUUUUUACAAGUGAGAUACAAAAUUAGUUCAGUGGGAUGUACUAUAAUGAAUAACUAACUAAUGCUCCAAUUUACUUUCUAAUUUAAAGUUUAAAAAAAGUUAAUUUAAAAUUUGAUUGGUUUUAAUCAUUGUUAUAAAUAAUUUUUAUGUCAAUGUACUAGGAAAAAUGUAUUGAAAAAUUAACAAUGUACAAUUUAAAAUAUAAGAUUUUAUCUUUUUCAGUAAUUUAAUGCAUUUAAAAUAUAUAGUUUUUUUAAAUAUUCAUAAAAUAUUUUGUAAUUUAAUUAUUCAUCUAUUUUAUUAUACUUGUGUUGAUAAAUGUAUUGGAUAAAAUGAUUAUAUUUACUAGUCUUUUGUAUUUUAGUUUAUUAACUCAUUAUAAUUUAGAUAUUAUUUAUUAUCUAUUUACAUUAUUUAAUUCAAUCACAAAUUAACUAUGGUACAUUUCAGGAUAAUAUGCAUUAUUGCCUUCGAAUAUCAGAUAAAGAAUUUGAAAAACAAAGGAGUACAGAAUCCAAAGAAGCGCUUGUUGAAUUACUUGACCAAAUCAUAAAUAGUACAACAAUGUCAAGUAAAGAAAAGGGCAAACGUAUGAAAUUAGUAAGUUAUAAUUUUUAAUCCUUUUAAAAUUUAUAAAUCAUGAUAAUUUAUUGUUAUACAUAUAUUUAUUUAAUUAGUUUCAGAAACUAUAUCCAGAUGUUUAUGAAAGAAGAUCUACUCUUUUAGAAGAGCACAAAAAACGAAAUUUAAUUCAAAAUAAAAAUUUAAUUAAAAACCUACGAAUUUAAUAAUAAUCAAGAAUAUACUACUUAUUUGAGUGUAUAAUUUAUAAAAAGUAUUUAUAACUGUACAAAUUAAUUUAAUUUGAUUUAUAUUGUGUGUUAAACAUGGUUCCUACAUUACAUUAAAAAUACUAAAAUUCUAAGUUAUGUACAUAAAUUUAUAUCUUAUACAGGAACAUGUUUUUCAUACUUAUUUUUUUAUAUUUUGAAAUAUAAAGGUGC